AUGGGUACAUGCAAAAAUGAUUACUCUAAACUGCUUGCGGGUUUUGUUGCGGUGCCCAUCUCCCUGCUAGAUUUCGAUGCACGAGGCCAUUGCCCUCGGCAGGUGGAUCGGCGCAUCCAAUCUCGACUGCGCGAUGUGUUCGAGGUCAACUUCGAGCCUGGCAUCUCUGCCAACCAUGUGGACGGCAUCUUGAAUGAGAGGGAACUAUCGAAUAUCCUCUCUGAAGUUGGCGUCUCGGCACAGGAACUAAAGCAGACCCUUCACAGUGGGAUCUAUCCCCGCGUGGAACGAACUCGAAUAUGGUGCCCGCAUGGCCGUCACCGAAUUGAAACAGCGAUUGAUGUAUUCGGUGCUGAGUCAUGCUGGAUUGUGCAAUUGUAUUGCAUUCCCAAUAGCUUUACCAGUGAAGCCAGGAGGGCGAUCGUCCAGGGUCUGUCUGAGCGGUACAGCCCACAAUUUGCGCAUUCGGACGGUGAGGUCUUUUGCAAUGCACGGCGCCACCAUGCUAGCGAGCGACAGGUGCAGAGCUGGUCUGUCAGACUGACGCCGUGCAAGAGGAUCAGCCUGCGCAUGCUGUUGGGGGAGAAAUCGAGGAUGAAGAUGUAUCGGCAGAUCGGAGGGGCGACUGCCCCAGCAACUGUCCUAGAGGCUUUCGACAAACUCAUGGUCUUCCCAGGUCUUUGGGAGGGACUCCAGCUUGGCAACAUACAUAAACAUCUCGCUCUGCGCUGCAACGAGCAGAUUGUCGCGUACCUAGACCACAUCUACCGCGUGUGGGACCGGAUUGCGGGCGGUGAUCAGAGCGCGCGGCGCUACGUCGACAUCGAUACCGUCAGGCAUUUGCAGUCUCUCGCGCCCGAGGCAAGUACGGUCGACCGUGCAACCAUAUGCGAUCUUAUGGAUCAACGGCAAAUCUUUGCGGAGGCAUACGAUCCGGCUCUCCGAGAAGAGAUCAAGCAGCGGUUGCUUGGCCUGCGCACUGUCAUCCCCACCAUUCGAUCUUUCCAUGAGAACAUGAAGCUCCUCACGAUUCUGGUCAAGAUCCUGAGGCAAUAUUUGAUCCCACACAAACCGAAAUCACAAUUGAUCGCCGGGCUGGCCGAAGACUGGCAACCUCCCCAAACUUCGUUGGUCGAAGUGCAUGAAGGUAUUUUCCAUACCACCACGUCGCCUCCCUCAUUUUCGCUCGCUUGGCAGCAGAUGGUGUUGAUGGCGUUGCGAAAUUUCCCAAGCCUCUGCAAUGAGUCACCCAAGCAAGACGGGAAGGACUGCAUGCGCGCUAAUGUACAGCCAUCGUCCGUCAAUGCACUCUAUCAAAGUGCGAAGUUGCUGGGCUUUUCCAAUCGCAUCAUCGACGAGCAUGUUCACUCCUCUCUGCAUGAGCAAGACGGGCCAGCAGCGUCGGCGGUGAAUGAUGGUCCAAUGGAUGUCGAAGUCAAGAUUGCCAAAAGAAGACUGGGCAGGCCCCAUUCUCGCAUUUUUCGCCAGAUUCAGAGAAUUGCAUUCUUCCCGCAGCUGCACGCCGCUACGCCUACAAGGCCCACGGUUGCCUACAUCCACAAGGAUCUGCUUUCGGCGUUCAUAAGGCUGGCUUGUUUCGAGCCAUCCCACGAGCCUCGAGUCAUUUCCAUCUGGGGACGUUCACGAGAUGGUGCCGCGCAGCCUGCGCUACAACAGCCCACUAGUCCUCACAUCGAAGUCGAGGCAGUACAGGUCAUAGAUCUGGGCCAGCAUCGCGGGACCCAGACUGAUGGGGUCUAUCAAAUGCACACUGCUGCGGAAGAGGCGGCAGGCUCCCCCGAAAUUGAUGUUCGGCUAGACGCGGCGGCGCGGAGCGUUACUGAGCUGGAUGGCCAAGGAGUUGAAGUGAUGAACUCUUGGCAGCCAUCGUUCGACAGCCCAACUACCUCGCAGCAAGCGUUGACCCCUGCCGCGCGCAGCGACGACGACCGAUCGCUUUUGCAGACACCGACAAGUCGAACGCGCCCAAAUACUUCUGGUCUGUCGCGUUUCGGCAGCUCUCUGACAGGCGGACCAAUACUUGCCGACGCCACCAGCUGGAGUGUGGGAACCCAAAGUGAUGCGUCGCGGUCGUUGCUUCACACUCCCUUGCAUGAAGCGACCCCUCUCCCUAGGUAUUCAUCAAGAUCAUUGCUCAGCACCCCCCGCCCAUCACUUAGCGGCACUGUCCCUCCUGACGACAUACCCCUCAUCGGUGAUCAACCCAGGUCGUUGCUCCAGACUCCAGAACGCUUCUCGGUCGCGAGGUCAUCCUUGACGUCAGACUUAGACCACAUGCAAGGUAGGGAGGAAGUUGGAGGGAUAGUCGUGUCCGAACAUCCGAGCAUUUCCGAACCCACAUCACCUCUUCUGAGACCUCGAUCUGUCGAGUCCAUUGCCACUCUGAUGGAGGAUGAUGAGAUGCGAGAGCGAGAGAACCAUCCUGGAAACACCACGAGGGAGUGUACAUGA